AUGCGAAAUAAUGUAAAGAAUACAACAACAACAAUAAUAACAACAAAUGGGACAAUACAUAGUAUUGUAGGAGGAGGAGGAGGAAAUAAUUUUGAACGAAAAUCAACAUCCUCACCGAGAACAUUAGACUAUACUAAUAGUAAUAAUAACAAACAAAAACUUUCCUUUAUAAUGAAUAGAUUAAUUCUAUUCGGAGCCUUGUUGCUAUUUAUUUAUUUAAUUUAUGUCAUGCUCAAGUUUCAUAGUACAGUGAAGAGUAAUGAAAGUACAACCAAUAAUCGAAUUAAAAGCGAGUUUAUCAGUGAGGAUGAUCCGUCCACAAUUAAAAACAUUAUCAAGGAACAAAUUGAACAAGAACAGCAGCAGCAAAUAGAGGAUAAAUCCGAUGCUGAUAAUAUUCUAGAUAAUAUUCUAGAUAACGCUACUAGUAAGAAGGGUAACAAACAACAAUUGGAUGGUAAUAUAAUUGAUACGACGAAUAUUGAUUCUGUCAAUACGAAAAAUGUAAAUUCCAAUAGUAAUAGUGUGAAUAAGAAUACAUUCAGUACAAGUAUAAUGGAUGAAGAGGCACAAAUUGAAUUGGUUUGUAAUUUAAAUAUUCAACGAUCGGAUUCUUGUUAUAAUAAUUGUAACAAGAUUAAUGAAAUGAAAAAGGAAUUGGAAUUAUAUUGUAAACCUAAAGAUAGUGAUGAAUCUUUGAUGAAAUGUACAAAUUUAUAUAAUUCACUAAUUUGUCAAACUAAUAAUCUAGUAAUGGAUUUGCAAAAAAUUUCAAAAUCAAAUUGUUUGAAAUAUAGAAGUCAAUAUAAUUGUGUAAAUAAUAAUGUUAAAUCUAUGUAUGUCUAUGAAAAGAAUGCUUUCAAAUUGAAUUGUAAUAUAAAUUUUAGAAAUUCCAAAUUUUCCAUUGAUUUCCAAAAGGACUAUUUCAACUCAUUCAAUUAUGAUACAUUUAAGAAUUUAAAAGUUAUUGAGAAUGAAAAUCUAGUUACCAUAUUAGUUUUUAGAGAAAAUGGAAUUAGAAAUGAAAUUAACAAUAUUUAUUACUUUAUUAAUGAGUUAUAUAAUACAUAUAUGGUAAUUGAACUUUUUGAUUUGGGAGUAGAGUGGGAUUUGAUUCAUAUAGUUUUUAUGGAUGAGCACGAAAAUUCAAAAUUCGACUCUAUAUGGAAAUUAAUGUUCAAGCAAACUAGGCAACUAAAUCAAAUAUAUCCAGAAAUGAAUCAAUUGGUCAAAUUCCAACAUCUCAAAAGUCACUCUUGGUUGUCUGCAUGUACCAAGAUGAUAGAUUGA